CCACCUUCAUUAAAAUAUCACAAAUCAUCAACCAACAUAGAUUAUAAUGCUACCCUCUACCUUCAUUAUGAUUCUGUUCAUAAUUCUCUUUGUCCUUUCCGCACUUUCAUGGCCACAAGCUAUAGCUGAAGCCACUGAAACUGAAUCACAGGCUUUGUUAAAAUGGAAACAUAGCUUUGAUAACCACAGCCAAACUCUCUUAUCAACUUGGAUAAAUACCACAAGUCCAUGCAAAUGGCAAGGAAUUCAAUGUCAUAAAUUCAGUUCAGUUUCUGCCAUAAACCUUGCAAAUUUGGGCCUAAAUGGUACACUUCACACCCUCAGUUUUUCUUCAUUACCAAACCUCAUAACCCUAGAUAUCUACAAUAACCAAUUUUAUGGAACCAUUCCUCCACAAAUUGGUAACAUGUCAAAAAUAAACAGAUUGAAUUUUUCUCAAAACCCUAUUGGUGGUUCCAUUCCUCAAGAAAUUUUCACUUUGAGAAGCUUACAAAACCUUGAUUUUGCUGGUUGUAAACUAAGUGGAGCAAUUUCUAACUCCAUAGGAAAUUUAUCCAAUUUAUUAUAUCUAGAUUUAGGAGUCAAUGAUUUUUCUGGUGGAUCUAUUCCUCCUGAGAUUGGAAAAUUGAACAAAUUAUGGUAUCUAGCAAUUUCAAAUUGUGGCCUAAUUGGUUCAAUUCCACAAGAAAUUGGACUUUUGACAAACCUUACUUUUAUUGAUUUGUCAAUGAAUUCUCUUUCUGGUGUUAUCCCUGAAACCAUAGGUAACCUGAGUCAAUUAAAUAGACUUUACCUUUCUAAUAACACCAAGUUGUCUGGUCCAAUUCCACAAUCCUUGUGGAACAUGUCUAGCUUGAAUCUGAUUUACUUUGAUCAUAUGAAUCUUUCUGGUUCAAUCUCUGAUUCUAUACAAAACUUGGUUAAUUUGUAUUCACUUGCACUUGAUAACAAUCGCCUUUCUGGAUCCAUUCCUUCCACAAUUGGGAACUUGAAAAAUCUUGUUUUUUUGUGGUUGAUGAAUAAUCGUCUUUCUGGAUCAAUUCCUGCCUCGAUAGGUAAUUUGAUCAAUUUGGAUGUUCUUAGUCUCCAAGUAAACAAUCUCUCUGGAACAAUUCCAGAUUCAAUUGGAAAUUUGAAGAAGCUCACUGCUUUUGAAGUAGCUACCAAUAAACUUCACGGUAGAAUUCCAAAUGGACUUUUCAACAUUACCAAUUGGGAAUCCUUUAUUGUGUCUCAGAAUGAUUUUGUUGGCCAUUUGCCGUCUCAAAUAUGCUCUGGUGGAAGGUUAAUGCUCUUAAAUGCUUAUCAGAAUCGUUUCACCGGUCCGGUGCCAACAAGUUUGAAAAAUUGUUCUAGCAUUGAAAGAAUCAGGCUCGAGGAGAAUCAAAUUGAAGGAGAUAUAUCACGAGAUUUUGGUGUAUAUCCGAAAUUGCAGUAUCUUGAUAUUAGUAAAAAUAAAUUUCAGGGACACAUUUCAACAAACUGGGAAAAGAGUCUUGAUCUCCAUACUUUCAAGGUAUCUAACAAUAAUAUUUCCGGUGUUAUACCAUUAGAACUUAUUGGUUUAACCAAACUCGGCAGGCUUCACCUUUCUUCAAAUCAAUUGACGGGGAAACUUCCAAAGGAAUUAGGAGAGAUGACAACAUUAACUGAACUCAAGAUUAGUAACAAUCAUUUCACCGGUAACAUUCCAACAGAAAUUGGAAUGCUGCAAACACUUGAUACGUUGGAUCUCGGUGGAAACGAGUUGAGUGGCACGAUACCGGAAGAAGUAGCAAGGCUACCGAGGUUACGACUGUUGAAUUUAAACAGAAAUAAAAUUGAAGGAAGUAUGCCAUAUAAGUUUGGUUCAGCUCUUGAGUCACUUGAUCUCAGUGGCAAUUUUUUGAAUGGAAAAAUACCAACAACUCUUGGAGGUUUGGUGCAGUUGUCAAUGUUGAAUCUCUCACAUAAUAUGCUUUCAGGAACCAUUCCUCAAAAUUUUAAAAGGAGUUUGGAUUUCGUUAACAUAUCAGACAACCAGUUAGAAGGUCCACUUCCGAAAAUUCCUGCUUUUCUUAAUGCUCCAUUUGAAUCAUUCAAACAUAACAAAGGCUUAUGUGGAAAUAUCACAGGCUUGACUUCUUGUGCAACACCCCAUAGUCAAAAGAGCAAAAAUGUCUUUCGAUCUGUAUUCAUUGCUAUAGGAGCUCUGAUACUAGUGUUGUGUGGCAUUGGAAUUUCAAUCUACAUUUUGUGUCUAAGAAAAUCACCAAAGAAAGAAAGCCAAUCUGAAGAAGCACAAAGGGGAGUACUAUUUUCAAUUUGGAGUCAUGAUGGGAAAAUGAUGUUUGAAAAUAUCAUUGAAGCUACUGAGAAUUUUGAUGACAAACAUCUCAUUGGAGUUGGGAGUCAAGGAAAUGUUUACAAGGCAGAGUUGGCUACGGAUUUGGUUGUUGCUGUUAAGAAGUUUCAUUUGGUAACAGACGAAACAAAGUCAUAUUUCAGUUCAAAGUCUUUUACGAGUGAGAUUGAAGCCUUGACAGGAAUCAAACACAGAAACAUCAUAAAGCUUCACGGGUUUUGCUCACAUUCUAAGUUCUCAUUCUUGGUUUACAAGUUCAUGGAAGGCGGAAGCUUAGAUCAAAUGCUAAACAAUGACACACAGGCUGCUGCAUUUGAUUGGGAAAAGAGGAUGAAUGUUGUUAAAGGUGUAGCCAAUGCUUUGUCCUACCUGCAUCAUGAUUGCUCGCCUCCAAUUAUUCAUCGCGACAUAUCAAGCAAAAAUGUUCUUCUUGAUCUUGACUAUGAAGCUCAUGUCUCCGACUUCGGGACGGCUAAGUUUCUAAAGCCGGGCUUACUUAGUUAUACCGAAUUUGCAGGAACCUUUGGGUAUGCAGCUCCAGAGUUGGCACAAACAAUGGAAGUGAAUGAGAAAUGUGAUGUAUAUAGCUUUGGAGUACUUGCAUUGGAAAUCAUAAUGGGAAAACAUCCAGGAGAUCUCAUUUCAUUAUUUUUGUCACCAUCUACAAGAUCAACGGCUAAUAAUAUGUUGUUGAUAGACGUUUUAGAUCAAAGACCUCAACAAGUUAAGAAACCAAUUGAUGAGGAAGUGAUCUUGAUUGCAAGGUUGGCAUUGGCUUGCUUGAGUCAAGAACCACGUUCUAGACCAACCAUGGAUCAAGUGUCAAAGAUGCUUGCAAUAGGAAAAACACCUUUGGGGAACCAACUCCACAUGAUUAGACUAGGACAACUAGAAUAACUCUUUGAAAUAAUUUGUUUUAGUAACAUCCUUGUCUUUCUCAUGUUUCUUCUGUUGUAUUUUCUCAUCCAUUUUGUUGUAUGUUUUUGGUAUGAGUCGAAUAAAUAGUCGGUUUCAUCUAAAAA